AUGCUGUUGGAGGUAGCCUUUGACAAUGAGACGGGCCUUCCAUUGGUCGCGAUCGGGGCGGCGCAUCGCUUCGUUCCAGGUCAAGGGAUCACCAGUGGGAACUUUAGCCCCAAGGAGGCUGGAGUGAGCGUUCGAGUGGACGUCACAGUAACCGUCAACAAAAAUGACGAAGUAGGAAGAGCCGCCAAUGGACUGAACACGGCAUGGGCCACAUAUGUCGGAGUGCACGAGAGUGAGGUAGGUGUUGGCGCGGAAGACGGCCUCAGAGGAGAAGGGUUUUCGACGCGACUUCGCGUACUCACAGACGUCGCAGUCGAAGGAUUUGAAGUUCCGUGUGCGAUAGCCGGAGAUUUAGGGGUGGUCGGCAACGAGAGAGCGGAAGAUGGCGGCACUGGAGUGGCCAAGGCGUUCGUGCCAUCGUCGAAGAAGGGCAUCGUUGGGCAGACGAGAGACGUCAACUAG